ACACCAGAAUUUCAUUCUAAUUACACUGAAUCAUAGGCACCUAUUUAUCAGCUUCUCAAUCUCCAAAAUAUCCAACGGAACCCACUGUCCUUGAAGUGGCUACAAAUAUCACAGGAAUCUUUGAAAUGGAACCGGAGACUGCAAACUCGACUAACCAGGCAUCGACGGGCACGAAGAAUGAACACGAUACCAGUAGUCAUAAUAUUGAUAAUCAGACAGCAAAUGACAACCCCGGAGAGACUUUAUCAAACACCGAUGAAUGGGAGGUUGGUGUUGCUGCAGCGAAAAUUGUCAAUAAUCAGGUAGAUAAGGAAGAGAAUAUUGUUGAAUUUCUAAUCGAACCCCAUACUGGUGCUUCCUUCCCUGUAAAACUUGAUGAUGGAAAGGAGUUAGCUGCAGUAGGUUUGAGGAAGAAGUCUUUCCUAGGAAUCGGUAUUAAGAUAUAUGGAUUCGGGAUAUAUGCAGAAACUGAGAAACUUAAGGAGCUUCUAAGAUCUAAGAUGAAUGAAGUUUACCUUGCUGCUGCGAAACCAACAGCAGAGAUGUAUCAGAUGGUAAUAGACAGUGAUGUAGGGAUGACUGUGAGACUAGUUCUCGCCUUUCCUGGCAUCACUAUGAGCAUGGUUAGAAAGAAUUUCGAUGAAGGGCUAGGAGCAUCCAUCAAAAAACUCAAUGGUGGUGAAGAGAAUAAUGAACUUACCAACAUGGUUAUGGGUGAAGCUUCAAAUGAGAUCAAACUACCAGCUGGUUCUGUAAUAGAAAUAACAAGACUUCCGGGAUACAUUCUCCAAACAAAGGGAUGAAGUGGUGAGCAAGGUAGAGAGUGAAUUGCUCUGCAGGGCCUACUUCAACAUGUAUUUGGGAGAUGAUGUGUUCGACAUGGAUGCAAGGGAAAGGUUCGGGCGUAUCUUUUCUAGGGAAAAAUAUGUAUGAAUCGCAAGUAUCAACAUUACGUACUCAAGUUUGUAAGAGCCUGUGUUCUACGCUGUCAAAUUAAGUUGCGAGACUCUUCUAGUUGAAUCUCAUAUUUGUUCCUAGUAAUUGGAUCAUUCAACCCUUACUUUGUCGAUUAUUUGAAAUAACGUCAAUGAAAUGUUUGUUUUUCCA